UUAAUAAUAGCAUUUUAUAUGUGUACAGCUCUGGUAGGUAGAAAUUAAAGACCUGGGAGGUAAGAAAAUGCCUCCAGCGAACCUUGGAUCCUACCCCCCUGAGUCUUGCCAUGGAAGAAACGCAGCCAGAAACGUUGAUCGAGACGAUACCAUCCAGCACAAAAUGCAAGAUUUUGACCCUGUAACUGUCUUAGAUCUACAGUGCCUAGACCUGGAUAAGCUAGGAGAGGUUUGCAAAGACUGGGGCCUGUUUCGUUCGGUCGACCAUGAUGUGAUGUUCUUGUAACCCUUUUGAACCAACUUCAAGACCUUGCCAGGAAGCUUCUCUCCCUUUCUUUUGAAUCCAAACAAGAUCUGUUCACUAGCCCAAAUUUCCUGCUUCUCAAUCAACUUUCUCAUCGGUUUCAUGCUUGAGAUCAGAUGCUUGAUACUUUCAGAAGGCCAUAACUUGAGGAUGAUGGUAUUGCCGGCUACACGUCAGUGGUGAGAGCUCUGCUUAUCCUUUUGGUUUGAAGGCCAAAGAAAUCAAGCAUGUCUGAAAUACUGAACCUUAAAUCCUACCCUCCCGUGUUUCGCCAACAGUACGCCGGAAUCCAACAAAACUCCGGCCUUGACGAUACCACCAAACAGAUUCAAGAAGUUGUUAACGAUGAUGCCAUUCCGGUAUUAGACUUUCAGUGCCUAGACCUGGGCAAGCUUCAAGAGGCUUGCGAAGAUUGGGGACUGUUUCGUCUGGUCAAUCAUGGGAUUCCUCUAACCCUUAUGAGCCAGCUUGGAGACCAUUCCAGAAACCUUUUUUCUCUUACUUUUGAAUCAAAACAAGAACUGUUCACUAACCCCAUGUCGUAUUUUUGGGGCACAACUGCCCUGACUCCAACCGGGGCAGCUCUCUCAAUAGGACCACAAAACAUCAACUGGGUUGAAGGUCUCAAUAUCCCACUGAGUCAACUCUCUCUGUUACAAAAAGAAAAUGAAACGCUUGGUUCGUUCAGAGUUUUGUUGGAAGAGUAUGGAAGGCACCUAGCUAGACUUGCAACAACCAUGUUCGGAGCAAUGGCCAAAAACCUCCAUCUUGAUCCCGAACUUUCAAAAACUUACAUGUCAGAAUCAACCGGAUUCGUACGUGUUUACCGAUACCCUCAAUGCUCUAUGGAAAAUGAGGCGUGGGGCAUAAAUGUGCACACAGACAGCUCCGUUCUGUCAAUAGUGAACCAAGACCAAGUGGGUGGACUUCAGGUUCUCAAAGAUGAUAACUGGCUACAAGUAAAACCCAUUCCUGACACACUGGUUUUCAACCUUGGAGAUAUGAUGCAGGCUAUAAGCGACGACAAAUACAAGAGUGUGAAACAUAGAGUGAAGGUGAACAAAGAAAAGGAGAGAUUCUCCAUCUGCUACUUUGUCUUCCCCGCUGAAGGCAGUGUCAUACAGAGCUCAAAGUACAGGCCUUUCACAUACAGUGAUUUCCAAGCACAAGUGCAACAAGACGUAAAGACACUAGGAUUUAAAGUGGGGCUUGAGAGGUUCAAGCUUGCUGGUUGAUUAUUAUUAUUUUUUCUCGCAAGUCUCCUCCUCUAAUUUAUUUAGACAGGUCUGUUUUCCAAUUACAAACAAAUGUUGAAGAUGACAAAUAAUUCUCGCUAUCUGUUCCGCUUAGUGGAAAACCGUGUAAAACUACGUCGAAGGAGAACUAGAUUUCGAUUGUGAUGGCAUGGGUACGUACGGCGGGACACAAGAGGCCGGCAAGCUGAGACAUCAAUCUUUUCAUGUGCUUUGACACUCGGUGGGCCCGUUCUUCUGUAUUAAAAAUAAAUAAAUAUAAGCCCAACUCUUGAAAUCAUGCAUCUGAGAUCAUUUGGGCCAACCCAAUUAUUU